CCUGGAAUAUUAUAGCCUCGAGCUCGGUACACACAGUUUCAGCGACUUGGUAGAAUACAUCAACCGCCCGAAGGUCUAUAUCAACUGGCAAUCCGAUAUCCUCUGUCUAAUUAGUUGCUUCGACUCCAUUGAUUGGGAAGGCGAUCUGACGUCUAAGGGCUCCGCGCUAGAAAGGCUGAUGUCCGAGACCAAGAUGCGCCGACUUGCUAUCUCCAUGAAGGAGUUCAAUGUCUACAAACACGAGUUAUCUAGUCUUGCACUGGAUGGGAUUAUGAUAUACCUUGCUCCCGGAAUCAAAAAUUGGGACGAAGGGAGAGUAGGGAAGUAUGGGCUCCCUCGUGGAUGUGAAUGUGGCUGUUGUGAUAAGGUCCCCCCUUCGAAAUUUGCCAUCACCCUGGAAGAUCGCAAAAAAUGUCAUAAAGCGACAGCGAGUGCGGCGAAGAGACGGGUGGCUUUGGAAAAGGGCAACAACUCGUUCAUACCACGUGUCCCCAAAGCCCAGUAUGAUGACACAGUCGACACUGUGCAUGAAACCGCACAAGAGCUUUUCGAUCAGUUCAAAGACUCGAAAUGGAAGGUAUCUGGAGGACCAAAGUUCACGGUCAAGAUAUUGGAGAUUGACAAGAGUGUACAAUAUGAUGCAUACGAGGCAAAGCGAGCUACGUGAGAACAGAAGAAGCAGGAUGCACGGGAGAAUCUGAGACGUCGAUAUUUGGAAGUCUUGGUAUUCUGUGAUGAAUUUUGGAAUGGAUGGAUCAACGAGCUGUACUCUAGUCAACCGGGUGGUACUCUUUGGCGGUGUACAUAGUAUCGAGGGUGUGAAGCCUCAACUCUGAUAGAAAAUCC